AUGCCUCAUACUAUUAGACUUACUCCAUGCGCAGUCGGUCAAAUAUCUUGGCAAAUAAUACAAGUAUUUGAAUUGGUGAGUGUUGGUGGUUUAGCUCGUCGUUUGUUAUAUCUAAAGAAUGACGGAGAAAUACCCUUGAGGGUUUAUGCAGCAAUAAAGGGACAGCAGCAGCAGCAGCAGCAGCAGCAGCAGUUGGUGGAUGGCGAGACAUCACCAGCAGCAGCAGCAGAGCAACAGCAGCAACAGCAGCAGCAGCAGCAGCAGCAGCAGCAGCACCAGCAGCAGCAGCAACGGCGAGCACGACGGACAUAUAUAAUAAAAUUAAGAAAGGAGACAGUUGAAGGAGACAGUAAAGAAAAGGAGACAGAUAAAGAAAAAAAGGCAGGAAAAGAGACAAAAGGAGCAUCAGCAGCAGCAGCAACAGCAGCAACAGCAGCAGGAGCAGCAGGAGCAGCAGGAGCAGCAGGAGCAGCAGCAGGAAAACAGCAAAAGGAGACAGAUAUAGAUAUAGAUAAAAAGGAGACAGAUAAAGAAAUAGAAGAAAUAGACAUAAAGGAGACAAUAAAAGAAAUAAAAGAGACAGAAGAAGAAGAAGAAAAAAAAAAAGAAGAAAAAAAAGAAGAAAAAAAAAAUGAGGAAAAAGGAGACACAGAAAAAGAGACACUAGAUCAAACCCUAAACCCUAAUUCAUUCAAUACGCCUUUCUUAGUACAAGUUGGGGACAUAGAUAAACCCCCAAGGUUUGGAGGUACAGAAGGGGAGGUAUUAAUAUUAGAUAGGAAAGAAAGGAGACCCUUGUCUCUCUUCUUUCUUCCUGCUGCUGUUGGUCCUUAUGAAGGAACUUUGCUGCUGCAUGCAGAGGCACUCGUGGUGGUAUCUAAUCCAACGCAUGCAGAUGUGCGCUAUCGAGUUGUUUGGCGUUUUGUCUCUAAAAAGGAGACACUUGAAGGAAAGGAGACAGCAGCAGCAGCAGCAGCAGCAGGUGGUGAGGAGACAGGAGGAACAGCAGAAGAUGAGGAGACAUCAUCAGCAUCAGCAGCAGCAGCAGCAGCAGCAGCAGCAGCAAAGGAUGACCCAUCAUUAGUAUCAGCAGGAGCAGCAGCAGGAGGAGGAGCAGCAGCAGCAGAGUCUCCUGCUGCAGUACUAGAGGUACAUAAAUCACAGGAGACACUUGCUAGCUGCUGCAGCAGCAGACUAAAAUUAUUAGUCUCUACCCUCUAUCCUGGUCCCUUUUCCUUCGAGGUGCUGCUGCUGCUGCAGCAGCAGCAGCAAGAGGAGACAGAUGCAGCAGAAACAGCAGAUAUUGCUAAUAAACAACAAGAGUAA